GGCGGUAGUUUGAACAAAGUCCUGCGUUCCAGUACAGGCAACUCAACGUUAGCUAGGAUGCCUCGACCUAAGAAACCGGGAGCUGGCGAGCCCAAAAGACGCUCACGCAAUGGAUGUUGGCCAUGCAAGUCACGGAAGAUAAAAUGCGGGGAAGAAAAGCCGAACUGUGUCAACUGCGAUCGACAAGGCGACACUUGUGAUUAUAGCAUACGAUUGUCAUGGGGAGGUCGUACCAAGCGAAGCCUGGACGAGUUCAUGUCUCCAUCCGAUGCACCCAACGAUUCUCUUAGUUCACAUAUCAAGUCUGCAUCUUUCGAGGAGAAGUCGCCUUCCACAUCUGGUUCCCAUAAUCUGCCAGAGCCCUCACCCAAGAGGAAGGUUGCGCGACACACUCGCUCACAAUCCGCUGCUUCUGCUCCAUCAAAUAUAUCAGCAAUUGACCCCAAACUCAUACGCAUGGAUUCAGCCGAGUCACUUCCACACUUGGCUCCAGAAGACUCUUUUCAACCCACUUUCCAAGAAGCAGAAAUCCGGACACAGACAACAUUCAUGCCUACCAAUCCCCGGAAUUUACAUCCGACCAUUGACUACCCAUCCCCAAGUACGUCCAGCUUUGAAAGCCCUAUUGUUAGCGCGGGAAGCUGUAUUUCGUUUUAUACGGACUCGCCAUCAUCUAUGCCGCCGCCAUCGCGUGGCACACCUCUCCCUACAAUUCUGGAUCAAUUGGACGCAGGAUUACUGAGUCGGGCCCACCGAAAUCGACAUCAACGUAGCUACUCUGCGGAAUCAUCAGCCGUAGCUACAUCACACUCCCCUAUAACAGGCGUGCAUAUGCGCCACAUGUCUUACAUGUCUACGCCGCUGACGCCAAACUCGCCAGCGGGCUUUGAAGACUCCAGAGCUCGAGGUACACCAAGCCAGCCGCACGAAACAUUUGCAGACCCACGCCAUUUACCAGUGCCUUCGCUUCUACAUACAGCUAGCGAAACCUCCCAUAGUCCACAACGAGUUCGGCGAUACCCCAUUGAGCGAGAGGAAUAUACUGUAUAUGGCUAUGAUCUUGGACUGCCUGAUAUUGAUACCCCAAGAAACGAUGAUCUAGGGGCCAUAACAAGUUUCAGUCCACCCGUCGGCGUUGUUGGGCUUGACAAUCAAACGCAAAACGAUACUGUUCGUGUCAAGGAAAAGGACAUAGCUUUCGAGCGUCAUGGGUAUUAUGCCAAACCUGUGCCUAUCAGAAUUGCAAAGUCUCUCGAACCAUUGCCGGCAUUGUUGCUGGAAAACCCAAUGAAUUUGCUUUACUUUCACCAUUUCAUCAAUCACACGGCACGUAUCCUUGUGCCACACGAUUGCGAGCGAAAUCCAUUUCGCAACAUUUUACCAGAGAUGGCCAUAAAAAACGACAACAUCCUCUCCCUCCUCUUAGCUUACUCUGCUUCCCACCGCGCAUGCAUGCUCAACCACCCCGAACCUGUCAACCGGAUCGCGCUUUGGGUACGCGACGUAUUUCCCAGACUUCGCGAAUCCAUUGCCGCCGCCACAGACCCGUCCGCAAUCACCAACAGUACACUGGCCCCGGCCAUUAUGAUGGCUUCCUUGGAAAUUAUAUCCCCCAACACCUUCGAAGUCCCCAUAUCCUGGCAGAACCACCUCACCAUGGCACGCCAGAUGAUCAUUGCCCGCGGCGGACCCCGAAGUAUGGAUCGAAGCGAUCAUGUCGCCUACUUUCUGUCCCGCUGGUUCGCCUACCUCGAUGUCUUGGGCUCCCUGAGCGGCAACAAGAACGACCAGCCACUAGGCUCUUUCUACUGGAACUCGGAAAACGCCUCCGCAGACGAAGACUUUCAAAUCGACUGUCUCACGGGCUUCACAAACCGCUGCGUAGGCAGUCUCGCGCGCAUCUCUGAACUCGCGAAGCGCGUAGAACCAUUCCGCAUCGGCAGCGACGGCAACGUCCUCGAGGACUUCCAACCCAGCGCCGACAUCAUCGCACAAGCCGACCGCAUCCGCCGCGACCUCCAAGAAGGCCUUACAAGCGGCUUAGUGUUCAAAGGCUGCAACCACCGUGCUUCCUCGUCCUCAUCAUCGACCUCCUCCCCUACUACCUCAGAAGGCGCCUGGGAUGCCACGGAGAUCUACGCCACCAACGAAAUGUUCCACUGGGCCGGCCUUAUCCAUCUCUACCGCCGCGUUCUCAACUAUCCAUCCACACACCCCUCUGUGCAAGGUGCUGUCCGCGAGAUCGUCGGCCUCUUGUACAAAGUGCGUCGAGGCAGCACUGCCGAGGCGUGUUUGCUGUUUCCCAUGUUUGCGGCGGGCUGCGAUGCGCAGGAUGUAGGUCAACGCGAGAAGAUUGCCGAACGGUUAAAGAGCGUCGAGGGGUUUGGUAUGACGCAGGUUGGGAGGGCGAGGGGGUUGAUGCAGAGAGUUUGGGAGACGGGGAAGGCGUGGGAGAGUUUAGUCGAGGGAGAGUUCUUCGGGUGAGUCUUUGGGUGAGUAUUUCUUCGUAGGUUGAAUCGUAAUUUCUCCUGGGAUCACGGAGCUGCCCAAGCAUGCAUGGUGUACGAUUGUCGAAAGGUACUUGUAGUAUUCUUACAUCUUUAUCCCCCCUUGCGCUUAUAGCUGCUCG